AUGGCCUCACCUAUACCGCCAUAUGAAAAGUCGGUCAAUCAUCUAAAUGCUCCUGGAGUGCUCGAGGAAGUCGAGGCUCUUGAGGGCUACGUGAUCGAUCCGAGCCAUUAUGCAGACAAUGCAGCUAGGCUAAAGACCACCAAGGACGGUCGAUUUGUUCUUAUUCCACAACCGUUGGACUCUACAGAAGACCCGUUGAACUGGAGAGAAAGUAAGAAGCUCCGCAUUGUUGCAAUCAUCGCGUACAUUGCCUUGUUAGCGGACUACACAGGUGGGACAGCGAUCAUCACUGUUAUUCCACAGUCUAUGUCAGCAUUCCACAUAAGCAUGGACUCCCUACAAUGGGGCCUAUCUCAAGAAAAAGUCCAGAGAGCCGUUGUGGGAAACCUCUUCACGAUUGGUGUCUGUGGAUUAGUUGUUGUGCCCCUGACAAGCUAUUUCGGGCGCUGGCCAGUCACCUUGGUUUUUCAAUGUAUGAUGUUGGGAACCUGCGUCUGGUCUGCAGCAGCCACGAGUUUUCCCUCGUAUCUUGCAGCACGAAUUCUUAACGGUUUCUUUUGCAGUGUUGGACAAGGAGGUGCGUUGUUAUGGAUCAAGGAUCUAUUCUAUUUCCAUCAACAUCCGCAGGUCAUCAACUAUGUUGAAUUCUCGAUCAUUCUGAGUCCCUACCUUGGUCCACUGAUUACUUCCUUCAUUGUAUCGGAGGUGAGCUGGAGAUGGGCAUUCUGGGGUUGUACUAUUCUGUCAGGAAUUGGCCUGAUUCUUGUCUUCUUUAUGGAUGAAACGCUCUUUGACCGCAAAAAUCCUAUCACAUUGCGAGGCUCUUAUGUUUCUCGUAUUCUCGGAGCUAAUCAGGCUCAGAAUUGGAAGCACAAGAGCUUCUUAUCCUGCAUGUCACGCCCCAUAGUGGCUAUAGCCAAAGUUCCUGUGCUUAUCAUUAUCAUAUACUACUUUCUCAACUUUGCUUGGGUGAUUGGUGUGAAUACAACCAUCGCGAUCUGGCUUAGCGAUAUCUAUGGAUUCUCAACCCGUGGCAUAGGCUACUUUUAUUUCUUUGGAAUUGUCGGCUGUCUCGUCGGCUGGUUCAUUGGUCACUUCCUCCACGAUGCUGUUGGAAGAUACUAUACCAACCGACAUGCUGGACGUUUACAUCCCGAGGCCAGACUCAUAAUCACAUACCCAGCCACGAUUCUCUGUUGUGUCAGUCUUAUUAUUCUUGGACUCGCAUUUCAGAUGCAUUGGCACUAUAUGGUCAUUGCGGUAUUUGCUGCGACGCAAUGUGUGGGAGUCAUGAUUGUCACCACUGCAGUGAAUGCCUACUUGCUUGACUGCUACCCUGAAGGAUCAGGUGAAGUAGGUGCCUGGGUCUCGGCGAGCCGAAGCUGGGCUGGAUUUAUGGCAACUUAUAUCCAAAUUGAAUGGGUGGAUCGUACUGGGCCUGCGAAGGCGUUGGGUAUCCAAGCUGGGAUUACUGCUGCGUCGUUGUUUUUCAUGGCUUUCUUGCAGGUAUAUGGAAAGCGAAUGAGGAAAUGGCAGGGUCGGAUGGUUUUUCAAGUUGGGAAUACUGUUUGA